AUGUCCCCGGGAUCGCCGCUGCUUCUCCCGAACGGUGCCUACGUUUUCCAAAAAUUACAGGAUUUCCUCCGAGCACAAUAUCCGCAAUUCGGAUACAAGGAAGUCAUUACGCCGACGAUAUAUAAGAAAUCACUGUGGGAGAAGUCUGGUCAUUGGGAGAAUUAUGCGGAGGACAUGUUUAGUGUGCAAGGGCGAGGCGCAACUGGACGAACAGAGAAUGCGCAGGCUGGCGAGGACGAAGAGUUCGGACUGAAGCCGAUGAAUUGCCCAGGACACUGUCUGCUAUUUUGGGGGGAGGGCGAGCUCAAAAGCUACAGAGAACUCCCCGUACGGUACGCCGACUUUAGUGCGUUACAUCGCAACGAGAUAUCGGGUUCUUUAACAGGCUUGACGCGAGUGCGACGAUUCCAUCAAGACGAUGCGCAUAUAUUCUGCCGGCCAGACCAGAUCUUGUCGGAAAUUCAGCAGACGUUGAGAUUUGUGGGAAUGGUGUACGACACGUUCAACCUUGGUCCGUACAAGCUUCUGCUAUCAACUCGUCCAGAGGAGCACUAUAUUGGGACAUUAGAAGAGUGGAACAGAGCGGAAGAACAGCUGACUAGUGCUUUGAACAACAGCGGAAGGGAAUGGGCCAUCAAUGAGGGGGAUGGUGCCUUCUACGGCCCGAAGAUUGAUAUCAUUUUGAAAGAUGCGACUGGGAAGGAACAUCAAACAGCCACUAUACAGCUCGACUUUCAACUUCCCCAACGAUUUGACCUACAAUAUCAAGCAUCUCCCGAGGAGUUAGAGGUAGGCCCCAUAUCAGCUGGAGACAAGAACAUUGAUUCAUCAUGUCGCCGACCCGUCAUCGUCCAUCGCGCCAUUUACGGAUCGUUAGAACGCUUCAUGGCCCUCCUCAUCGAACACUACAACGGCAACUUUCCAUUCUGGCUUUCGCCUCGACCCGCCCUCAUCAUGACCUUGAACCAAACGCCUCAAGUGCUCGAGUACGCCACUCGCGUCCAGUCCGCGCUCGCAGGUAUCUCAGGUUUGUCGCACCCGAGCGAUGCACGAGAAGGAACUGAGAUCAAACCGACGCCACAGCAGCUAUCUGCGACUCACCUCCCCAUCGACAUCGACUCUAGUGCCCGUGCACUAGGCAAGAAGUUUCACGAAGCCCGCACCAAAAAGUACAAUCACGUCAUUGUUGUCGGUACGGAGGAAGUCAAGUCUCAGACCGUGCGUCUACAAAUUACGAAUCAGACGAAUGAUGGUACCGUGACUAAGAUCAUCAGUGAGGUGUUGGGACGACCGCUGACGGAGAAAGAUGACAAGAAUGGAAAUAUCAGUGUCGGGGUUACAGUAGAAGAAGCGAGAAGAUAUUUCCUGAGGCUAGUCGAAGGGUUCUUGUAG